CCCUCUACUCCCAAAGCCAAACCAAAUUCCAGUAGACCAUCCGUACCUAUAACUCGGCUAGUGGCAGAAACCACAACUACGUCGUUUUCGAGUCCCUCUUCCCGUAACUUUGAUUUCGAUGCCGUUCUACCCCCCGACGCAACCCAAUCCGACGUUUACCGGGCAACCGUUGGCGACUCCGUUUCUAGGAACGCCUUUGCGGGAUAUCAUACCACUAUUCUGGCGUACGGACAAACGGGAUCGGGUAAGACUUACACCAUGAUGGGGGCCCCACGCUUGAACGACGGAGAUGGUGUUAUUCCUCGAGCCGUCCACGAUUUAUUCCGGACUCGUCAGUUGCAGUGCGCGCAAGGCAAGAUCGUUUCCAUGGAUUUGACGUACCUAGAAAUCUACAACGAUGAAUUGCGGGACUUACUCUCGGAAACAAUGCAGGGGGAAACGACUAUCCUUUCACCGUCUUCGUCAACACUCAAACUUCGCGAUCACGGAAGCAAUACCGCCGAAGGUAUCGUCGUCCAAGGUUUGACCCGAGUUGCUGUCGAUUCCAUGGCGGAUGUGCAUACUUACAUGGAACAGGCGCAUCGCAAUCGCACAACGGGUAGCACUCGACUCAACGAGCGGUCCAGCCGAUCGCACGCCAUUUGCACCUUGACGGUCACAACCAAAACCACCUCAGCCUCUAGGUCAGGAGCCCAUUCUACCAAUACGACUCGAGCGAAACUGACAUUAGUGGAUCUGGCUGGAUCGGAACGGAUCAAAGAGACCGGAGUGGUGGGACUGCAGCAACAGGAGUCCAUCAAUAUCAAUAAAGAUUUGUUCGUGCUCGGUAAGGUCGUUUCGGCAUUGAGUCAGGAGACCAAGGGACACGUACCCUACCGAGACAGUAAAUUGACUAGGCUGUUGCGAGAUUCAUUAGGAGGAAAUUGUUGUACGGUAUUGAUUGCGUGCGUUUCCCCGGCGGACAUGCACGUCGAGGAGUCGAUCAAUACGCUGCGCUAUGCGGAGCGAUCUCGUUCGAUU